AAUGCAUAUUAUUUAAACAUUGCUGGCACCUAAGAAUUCUGAUCUUCUCCAUGCCUGUGCAAUGCCUGGAAAUAUCCUGUUGCCUAGGAACUCUUUCUGCCCUUUCUGUGCAGCACCUCUGUGAAGCGGGUCCCUAUUAUGUCCAUUUUACCAAGAAUGAGUGCUGUUGGAGGUGUUGGAGCACAGCUAGCAAUGGAGAACGCUCUGACAGCCCGGGAUCGGGUGGGAGUCCAGGACUUUGUCCUCCUUGAGAAUUUCACUAGCGAAGCGGCUUUUAUUGAAAAUCUCCGGAAACGAUUCAAGGAAAAUCUGAUCUAUACCUACAUUGGCUCUGUCCUGGUCUCAGUGAACCCAUACAAGGACCUGGAAAUCUACAGCAAGCAGCACAUGGACCGCUACCGUGGUGUCAGCUUCUACGAAGUCUCUCCUCACCUCUAUGCCAUUGCGGACAAUGCGUAUCGCUCUCUGCGCACAGAGAGGAAAGACCAAUGUAUCCUGAUAUCUGGGGAAAGCGGAGCUGGCAAGACUGAGGCCACCAAGAAGAUCCUGCAGUACUAUGCCAUGACGUGCCCUGCCAGUGACCAAGUGGAAACGGUGAAGGACAGGCUCCUGCAGUCCAAUCCAGUCCUUGAGGCUUUUGGAAAUGCAAAAACCCUGCGCAAUGACAAUUCCAGCCGGUUUGGGAAAUACAUGGAUGUCCAGUUUGAUUACAAGGGAGCUCCUAUUGGAGGCCACAUCCUGAACUACCUUCUGGAGAAGUCCCGUGUUGUGCACCAGAAUCACGGAGAGAGGAAUUUCCAUAUAUUCUAUCAGCUGCUGGAGGGAGGGGAAGAAGACCUGCUCAGGAGGCUGGGGCUUGAGAAGAACCCCCACCAAUACCAUUAUCUAGUGAAGGGCCAGUGUGCGAAAGUCAGCUCCAUCAAUGAUAAGAGUGACUGGAAAGUCGUGCGCAAGGCUCUGUCGGUCAUUAACUUCAAUGACAACGAGGUGGAGAAUUUGCUGAGCAUUGUUGCCAGUGUGCUGCACUUGGGAAAUGUGCAGUUUUCUGCCGACGAACAGAGCAACGCUCAAGUGGUCACGGAGAACCAGAUCAAAUACCUGGCCAGGCUGUUGGGUGUUGAAGGCUCUCUGCUCCGGGAAGCGCUGACCCACAAAAAGAUCAUUGCAAAGGGGGAAGAGCUGAUCAGCCCCCUCAAUCUGGAGCAGGCAGCCUAUGCACGAGAUGCUCUUGCCAAAGCAGUGUACGGGCGCACAUUCUCCUGGCUUGUGAAUAAGAUUAACAAGUCACUCACAUACAAGGAAACGGAGAAUCUGGGCUGGAGAAGAAGCUCCACCGUACUUGGACUGCUGGACAUCUAUGGAUUUGAGGUGUUCCAACACAACAGCUUUGAGCAGUUUUGUAUCAACUACUGCAAUGAGAAACUGCAGCAGCUCUUCAUCGAACUCACCUUGAAAUCUGAGCAAGAGGAGUAUGAGGCAGAGGGCAUAGCGUGGGAGCCAGUCCAGUAUUUUAACAACAAAAUCAUCUGUGACUUGGUGGAAGAGAAAUUCAAAGGCAUCAUUUCAAUUUUGGACGAGGAGUGUCUGAGGCCAGGAGAAGCCACAGACAUGACCUUCUUGGAGAAGCUGGAGGAGACGAUCAAGAACCACCCUCACUUCCUCACGCACAAGUUGGCAGAUGCAAAGACCCGGAAGUCCUUGGGCCGAGAAGAAUUCCGUCUCCUGCAUUAUGCUGGGGACGUUACCUACAGUGUUGCAGGUUUCCUGGAUAAGAACAAUGAUCUCCUUUUCAGGAACCUGAAGGAGGCCAUGUGCAACUCAGAGAAUCCCAUCAUUAACCAGUGCUUUGAGAGGACAGAGCUGACUGACAAGAAGAGGCCAGAGACGGCAGUGACUCAGUUUAAGAACAGCCUCUCAAAGCUGAUGGAAAUCCUGAUGUCCAAGGAGCCGUCUUAUAUUCGCUGCAUUAAGCCUAAUGAUGCCAAACAGGCUGGCCGUUUUGAUGAAGUUUUGAUCCGACAUCAAGUAAAAUAUUUGGGUUUGAUGGAGAACUUGAGAGUGCGAAGGGCUGGAUUUGCUUAUCGACGGAAAUAUGAAGUCUUCCUCCAAAGGUACAAAUCACUGUGUCCUGACACUUGGCCCACCUGGGAUGGACGGCCCCAUGAUGGAGUGGCUGUGCUCUUGAAGCACCUGGGUUACAAGCAAGAGGAGUUUAAGAUGGGCAGGACAAAAAUCUUUAUCCGUUUCCCCAAGACGCUGUUUGCGACUGAAGAUGCCCUGGAAAUCCGGAAGCAGAGCCUGGCCACAAAGAUCCAGGCAUCCUGGAGAGGCUUCCACCAGCGGAAGAAAUUCCAGCAGAUGAAGAGUGCAGCCAUCACUAUUCAGUCUUGGUGGCGUGGGACUUUGGGACGCUGCAAGGCUGCCAAGAAGAAGUGGGCUGUGAUGACCAUUCGACGAUUCAUCAAGGGCUUCAUUUACCGGAACUACCCUCGCUGCCCCGAGAACGAAUACUUCCUCGACUACAUCCGUUACGCCUUCCUGAUGAACCUGAAGCGUAACCUGCCGAAGAAUGUUCUGGAUAAAUCUUGGCCAGUACCUCCACCAUCACUGCAAGAGGCAUCUCAGCUGCUGAGAGCGCUCUGUAUGCAGAACAUGGUCUGGAGCUACUGCAAGAGAAUCAGCCCUGAGUGGAAACAGCAGCUGGAGCAGAAAGUGGUGGCCAGUGAGAUCUUUAAGGAUAAAAAGGACAAUUAUCCUCAGAGUGUCCCCAGGCUCUUCCUUAAUACUCGGCUUGGUAAUGAAGAGAUCAGCGCCAAAGUCCUUCAGGUGCUGGGAAAUGAGUCAUUGAAGUAUGCAGUUCCUGUGAUCAAGUAUGACCGGAAAGGCUACAAGGCUAGAGCUCGCCAGCUGCUGCUCACUCAGAAUGCAGCUGUGCUAGUCGAAGAGUCCAAAAUCAAGCAACGGAUUGACUAUGCCAACCUGACAGGCAUCUCACUCAGCAGCCUGAGCGACAAUCUCUUUGUUCUUCACGUACUCCGGGAGGAUAACAAGCAGAAGGGAGAUGUUGUACUACAAAGCGAUUUUGUGAUUGAGACUCUAACCAAGAUCGCCAUUUGUGCCAACAAAGUGAACAACGUGAACAUCAACCAGGGCAGCAUAAAAUUCACCGUUGGACAAGGCAAAGAAGGCAUCAUUGAUUUCACAUCAGGAUCUGAACUACUCAUAGCCAAAGCCAAGAACGGCCAUCUUGCUGUGGUGGCUCCUCGUUUGAAUUCUCGAUGACGAAAGGUGCUCAUUUUGCAAAGACUUCUCUUUGACUACUUCAUGUAUCUUUGGCUGGGCCUUUUCCCUGCCGCCCUUGAGGGAGGUGGGUACAGCUGCUUUACUGAAAUCUUUUAUAGCUACCAAAGACCUGCACAUCCAAAGAAUCCAUCUUUAAUUGUACCCUUGGUUCGCAUCCUAUCAAACAAAAGCCAUCCUCCUUCCUUGUAGCACGUGGCCUCGGUGGCACCAUCAACUCCUGACACACAACAGCAAGCAAGAGAGGGGAAAUCUGCAGUGUUGCAUCAGCCAAUUCAGUGAAAUGCCAAACUUUAUACUACAAAAUAGUCUAUGAAGAAAUUUUCUCUAAGAUUUUUGAUGCUUUGUAUGAAAAUAUUAAAAGCCAUAAUGUAUAAUAGAGUACAGUUUGUAAAUACAUCCACUUAGCUUGUGGUAUGGGAUGUUUGCACUAUGAAGAUCAUUGGUUUUGAUUGGGUUGUGGCAACAAGCUGAGGCACUUUUGCAUCUUUGUUGCCUUUCCUAGAUUCAGGGGGGCUCUGCCAGACACAGCGUCUCUCUUAUCUCUUUUCCACACCUCAGACUUGUUUGAAUGACUUGGCGGUACUUGUACUCUGUCCCCAUAGCAAAUGACUAGUUCAGGGUUCCCCAACGAGGCACCUGUGGCUGUCAUGAUGCCCAUCAGUACUUCCCCUGGUGCCCACUGAGCUUCUCAGGACGUUGGUGGGACCAUUGUAAGGCAGGUCUUGUUAUUGGUGGCCUUACUCAAACAAAGGGGUUUCCACAGCUGCAAUACCAGCUGCAGCCACUGAUGCAUCAGAUGGACUCGAUUAGUGACCAGACUUUCCUUGGUCAGUGUGUGGUUCCAUUUCAAGUUUUUUCUCCUUCCUGCCUCCAUGGGCUUUCUUUUUUUUCUUUUUAUUCCCCUUCUGCGAUUCCUUUGCAGUGUGAGGAGAGGCAGUAUUGCAUUUUACUCCACCUCCUGAGGCACCAAUUUUAGGCUAGUCUCCCACUUCCUGCAGUACCCAUUUGGGAGUGAAGCUCCCACCCUCGAUUCUAAAGGUGCCUCCGCAGGCUUUAAAAGAUCGACAACCCCUGCACCUAGUUCUUUACAACAAACUCCUUGCUUAAAUCCCAUUCUCAAUUCACUUUAGAAAUGCCUUUUCAAAAUACCCUGUCACAAAUAAUCAGCUUGUCAAUGUUUAGCUGUUACUGGUGGAGCCCUGCUUUUCAGAGUCACAAGCGCUUCAAAGAGAAUGUAAUUUUUUUAAAAGCAAUGUUAUUGCUGCUACAACACUAAUCUCCAGUUUGGGCAACAGAAAUUCACCAUUUUUCUUUUUUGCUUUAUUUACUAGCACUUUUAUGUCAAAUAGUUCUUUUGGCACACCUGAUUGAUGCACACAAUGCCAAUGACCGAUUCAGAGGUUUUGCCUUUUUAAUCAUCUAUCUAUGCUUGAUUCAUUCUAACUUUUUAUAGGACAUAAUUUAGCCACAGAGUAAAGAUGCUCUUCCGCCACGUCCCAUUUUGACAACUAAAGGUUGUGAUUUUUCAGCUAUCCCCUAUGUUCAUCCAUCCUUCAUGGGCAGGAGAAACAACUUUGGUACAAAAACCAGGAAACAAGCUUAUUCUGCAUUCCCAACUGUAAGAAGUUUCUUUAAGGCAGGCUGAGUUGUAUUACUGGCUGGAAAGCUCAUGCAUGUAUCAUUUUGUUUCUCUGUGAAAGCCCCUACUGGUGGCAGUGGCCGCCCAAGGCCCAGCGGAUUGUCUUUUCCUGUUGGGGAUAAAUGCUGUUUAUGGUGUCGUGUAUAUAAAAUAUAAUGCUCUAUGCACUGUGCUAGGUAAAUCGAGAUAUACUUGCCAAAUAAAUUUUUACUAAAAUUU